UUUAGUGUUUCACAACGGUGAUUCGGGUUUAAGCCUUAACGAAAUCAUUUUGAAACUAAUUUUGUUUUCAACCCUCAAUGAUAACGCUGUAGUACAGCACACAUAUUCUAACCUUCAUCCUCAUUCCUCACACUUUCCUCUCCAUUUUUCUGACCUAAACCUAAAACCUCCAUCUUUUUCUUACUCCUUCAUUGACCUCCUUCACCUACGCUCGGAAGCCCACGCCCCAGGCCACACCAAACUUGCUGCACAGCGCCACAACCGCAGCCGCAGCCGCAGCCGCAGCCAGGCGCCAACCACCAAAUUUUGAUUCGAAAAAGAUGGCCCACAAUGCUAAUGAUGUGUCGAUGCAUGCUGAAACUGAAAGUUCGGCCACCACUAUAGAGAUUAAAAUAAAAACGAUGGAUUCUCAAACAUAUUCCUUACAAGUGGAUAAACAGAUGCCUGUGCCUGCUCUGAAAGAACGCAUUGCCUCUGUAACAGGUGUUGUUACAGAGCAUCAACGUCUGAUUUGUCGAGGAAAAGUUCUUAAAGAUGAUCAGCUGUUGUCGGCAUACCAUGUGGAAGACGGCCAUACUCUGCACCUUGUAGUCCGAGAACCAAAUGCAUCAUCAUCGGGGAGCUUACCUGAUUCAGCUGUUGAUCCAUUGGCUGGCAAUCGUGGUCAAUAUUAUCAACUUGCUCCUGGUAUUGUCGUUGAAACUUUUAAUAUGCCUGGACAAGGGGAUAGAGUUCUUCCAGAUGUUAACCGGAUUAUAUCUGCCGUGCUUGGUUCUAUUGGACUUGCAAAUCCUGGAAGUGGCAAUGAAGGAAUUAGUAUUGGGGAUCAUGUUAGUGACAGACCUGGAGAGUCUACUGCUAUGGAUCUUAGCACAAAUGCAACCCAUACACAACCUGAACAAUCUGGGUUGACAAUUUCCAGUGACAGAUCUAGGCUGCCCAACACUUUUGGAAUUUCUACGGGUUUUUCUGUUGGGUCCCUACAGGCCCCGGUGGUCCCUGAUGCUCUUGCGACCUUAUCACAGUAUUUGAGUCAUAUGAGACAGGAAUUUAUAGAGAGUGCAAGACCUAGUGGCACUGACAGUGGUGCUUCUCUUCAAGGGAAUGAAGGUGGAUCAAGUUCUGUGGCACAAUCAGUGAGUGCUCAAGAAGGGCUUCCUUCUCCAGCAUCAUUGGCAGGACUGUUAUCUGCUACAAGAGAGAUGCUCAAUCAGCAAGUAGAAGAGUGUUUGCUUCAACUUGAAAGGCAGUUGCAGAAUCAGGAGAAUAUGACAGAUCCAGCAGUGAGGGUUACUGCUCAAUCUGGUGCAUUGAGAAGUGGGAUUCUUUUGCAGAACCUAGGUGCAUAUUUUCUCGAGAUUGGUCGUACAGUCACGACACUGAGACUUGGCAGAUCACCUUCAGAAGCUGUAGUCAAUGCUGGGCCUGCAGUUUUUAUUUCAUCAUCUGGGCCUAAUCCACUUAUGGUUCAGCCUCUUCCAUUCCAGCCUGGAGCCAGUUUCAGUACCCCUAUUUCAGGAGCAACGCAAUCUAGCUCUGGUAUGAUGAAUGCUAUUGGUGGUGGUUUUGUUCCAAGACGUAUAGAUAUACAAAUACGAAGAGUCGGGUCAUCUACUCUUCAAACGGAACCUUUUGGAUCUCGGCAAUCUACAGGUCAAAGCGAUCGGACUACCAAUGUUAGUGGAGAAGCUCUGUCUAACCAAUCAUCUACUGGGAUCUCAACUGCUCCAUCUUCAAAUAAUGGUCCAGCUGUUCGUAUAUUACCUUUCAGGACAAUGAUGGCUUCUGUUCCUGACCUAAACCGUUCACCGCAACACACAUCUGAUGGUUCAGGUCUAGUAUAUCCUUAUUUUGGAACAGGCAUGGCCUAUGUGAGUAGUAGAGCAGGAAAUCAACCUUCCGAUGUACGUAACUCUAGUGGCAGUCUAAACCUGCUACACAACAGCACUAUAUCUGCAGGUCCUGCUGGAAAUGGUAGAGCUCAAGUUUCCAGUCCUGGACAAAGGGAAUCAAUUACAUCUCGCACCAUUGAUAUCAACUUUUUGUCCAAUGGAGGCAGUGAGAAUGAUCAGAAUUCUGAUGGGCAGAUCCCUCCGGUUAUUCUUCAAUCCCUGAGAAGCCUCUUCCCUGGAAGUGAGUUCCAAGUAGAAAGUGUGAGCUCACAAGGUGCAGCAACUGGAUCUGUUAUGGAGCAAGAAAGGAGUAGCGAUGUGGCUGGACAUGAAGCUGAACCUAUGCCGACUGAGGAAGGAUUGUUCUUGUCUAGGAUACUUCAACAGAUUAUGCCUUUAAUUUCAGAGAACUCUGGGGCUGAUGCUUCUCUGCUGGGAGAUGGCCCCACUUCAACUCCAGCUGAGGACAAUGAAGUUGGGACUUCGAGGCAAAAUGAUGAUGCUAAUCUUGGACCAAAUCCUAAGCGCCAAAAGAAGGAAUAACCCCCUACAUGGAGAAGUAUGGCGAUUUUGUAAGAUGCAUAGAUAGAGUGGAAUGAAUCACCUGAAUCACAUUCAAGUUCAUUGAAGAUAUAGGCUUCUUCGGUGGGAACAGCACAAAUUUGCUAGGUUAUGCUGGUGAUAUUGCCUUUAAACAAUUUAGGCAUCAAAAGAGAGGUUUUAUUUUUUCUAUAUCUUCAUAUUAAAAUGUCUCCUCGGAGCUCUCUGUACAUUCAAUGCACAUAUGAUACAGAUAUACAUCAUUCACCCCUUAAAAUCUUCGUUUGAGGCUA